CUGCGCUGUACUAUUUGAGGCGGGCGCGGGUGGAAGGACACGGUGGUGCCAGCCUCCGCGCGAGGCCGGCGGCGCAGGGAUUCGGGCCGCGGUGCUGAGGCCGCCUGUCAGUCAGCGCGGCGGCGGCGGCGGAACGCGGCCGGGGCGCAGCCGGCGGAAGGCGGUGCGGGAGUACGCGCGGUAACGGAGCCGGAGCGCGGCCGGCAGCGGGGAGGAGCGGCGAAGGAAGACGCGGGGAAAAAAAAAUAAUACGUCUAUACAAAAAAAGAAGCGGGCUGCGUUUCUUCCGAACGGCAGGAAAAGGUUAUUUCACGAGCGGCUCCCUCUUACUACAGCCCGCUGCGAUGCUGCUAGCCACUGUGCUGCCCUGGACAUUGUUUUUGCUUGGAGCCGCAGCCUCUCUACAAGUGGACAUUGUUCCAAGCCAGGGGGAGAUCAGUGUCGGAGAAUCCAAGUUCUUCUUAUGCCAAGUGGCAGGGGAGGCCAAAUACAAAGACAUUUCCUGGUUUUCCCCUAAUGGUGAGAAGCUGACGCCGAACCAACAGCGCAUCUCAGUGGUGCGAAAUGAUGACUACUCCUCCACCCUCACCAUCUACAACGCCAACAUUGAUGAUGCUGGCAUCUAUAAAUGUGUUGUCAGUAGCGUGGAGGAGGGAGACUCUGAGGCCACCGUCAAUGUGAAAAUUUUCCAAAAGCUGAUGUUCAAGAAUGCUCCCACUCCUCAGGAAUUCAAGGAAGGGGAUGAUGCUGUGAUUGUGUGUGAUGUGGUCAGCUCACUGCCUCCUACCAUCAUCUGGAAGCACAAAGGCAGGGAUGUUAUCCUAAAAAAAGAUGUUCGAUUUAUAGUCCUGUCCAACAACUACCUGCAGAUCCGGGGAAUCAAGAAAACAGAUGAAGGGACAUACCGCUGUGAGGGACGAAUCUUGGCUCGUGGGGAGAUAAACUUCAAAGAUAUUCAGGUCAUCGUAAAUGUACCUCCUUCUGUGCGCGCCAGGCAGACCACUAUGAAUGCCACUGCCAACCUCAGCCAGUCUGUCACCUUAGCAUGUGAUGCUGAUGGCUUUCCUGAGCCAACUGUGACGUGGACAAAGGACGGAGAGCCAGUAGAACAGGGCGAUGAUGAAGAGAAAUACAGUUUUAACUACGAUGGGUCUGAGCUCAUCAUCAAGAAGGUGGAUAAGAGUGAUGAAGCAGAAUACAUCUGCAUCGCUGAGAACAAGGCUGGAGAGCAGGAUGCCACCAUUCAUCUCAAAGUCUUUGCAAAACCCAAAAUCACCUAUGUGGAGAAUAAAACAGCCAUGGAGCUGGAGGAUCAGAUUACACUUACCUGUGAGGCCUCUGGGGACCCAAUCCCUUCCAUCACUUGGAGAACUUCCACCCGGAACAUCAGCAAUGAAGAGAAGGCUUCGUGGACCCGGCCCGAGAAACAAGAGACCCUGGAUGGACGCAUCAUAGUACGUAGCCAUGCCCGGGUGUCGUCCUUGACUCUCAAAGAAAUUCAGUACACAGAUGCUGGAGAAUAUGUAUGCACAGCCAGCAACACCAUCGGGCAGGACUCCCAAGCCAUGUACCUUGAAGUGCAGUAUGCCCCCAAGCUUCAGGGCCCUGUGGCUGUCUAUACCUGGGAAGGGAAUCAAGUGAACAUCACCUGUGAGGUAUUUGCUUACCCCAGUGCUGUCAUAUCCUGGUUCCGGGAUGGACAGCUGCUUCCCAGCUCAAACUACAGCAAUAUCAAGAUCUACAACACUCCAUCAGCAAGCUACCUGGAGGUGACACCGGACUCUGAAAAUGACUUUGGGAACUAUAACUGCACUGCUGUGAACCGCAUUGGCCAAGAGUCCUCAGAGUUCAUUCUUGUGCAGGCAGAUACUCCAUCCUCUCCUUCCAUUGACAGAGUGGAGCCCUAUUCCAGUACUGCCCAGGUGGAGUUUGAUGAGCCUGAAGCUACUGGAGGGGUGCCCAUCCUCAAGUACAAAGCAGAGUGGAGAGCACUGGGUGAGGGAGAAUGGCAUUCGAGGCUGUAUGAUGCAAAAGAAGCAAAUGUGGAGGGUGUGAUCACUAUCACUGGCCUGAAACCUGAAACAACCUACUCCGUGAGACUGUCUGCGGUCAAUGGCAAGGGUGUGGGUGAGAUUAGCCUACCAUCUGACUUCAAGACACAACCAGUUCGCAUCCCUCACUCACCAAGUACUGCUGUACCCACCUCCCGUUUAGCAGAGACAACUCAGACUCUUGCUGAAUCCGAAAGCUCAGAGCCACCAAAAGGGGAACCCAGCGCACCCAAACUGGAAGGCCAGAUGGGAGAAGAUGGUAACUCCAUUAAAGUGAACGUUAUCAAACAGGAUGAUGGUGGCUCCCCAAUUAGACAUUAUCUGAUCAAAUACAAAGCUAAGCAUUCCUCAGAAUGGAAACCAGAGAUCAGACUUCCAUCUGGCAGUGACCACGUCAUGCUCAAGUCCCUGGACUGGAAUGCAGAGUAUGAGGUUUAUGUGAUAGCUGAAAACCAGCAAGGGAAGUCCAAGCCAGCUCACUAUGCUUUCCGAACUUCUGCUCAGCCUACUGUCAUCCCAGCCAGCACUAGCCCUACAUCAGGCCUUGGGACUGCUGCCAUUGUAGGCAUUCUCAUUGUUAUCUUUGUGCUGCUCCUGGUGGCUGUGGAUGUCACCUGCUACUUCCUGAACAAGUGUGGCCUGCUGAUGUGCAUUGCUGUCAACUUAUGUGGCAAAUCCGGCCCAGGAGCCAAGGGCAAAGACAUGGAGGAGGGCAAAGCCGCCUUCUCGAAAGAUGAGUCCAAGGAGCCUAUUGUGGAGGUGCGGACUGAAGAGGAGCGGACCCCCAACCACGAUGGGGGAAAACACACAGAGCCCAAUGAGACCACCCCACUGACGGAGCCAGAGCACCCUGCUGAUACCGCAGCUACUGUUGAGGACAUGCUGCCUUCUGUAACUACGGGCACCACUAACUCUGACACUAUCACUGAAACCUUUGCCACUGCUCAGAACAGCCCCACCAGCGAGACCACUACGCUGACCUCCAGUAUUGCCCUGCCAGCCACGGCCAUUCCUGACUCAAACUCCAUGUCGCCUGGCCAGGCUACUCCAGCCAAAGGGGCAGCCACCUCAGUCUCUUCACCACCACCCUCCUCCACUCCCAAAGUGGCCCCCCUUGUUGAUCUCAGCGAUACCCCAAGCUCUACUCCAGCUACUAAUAAUUUGUCCUCAAGUGUUCUGUCCAACCAAGGUGCAGUGCUCAGCCCCAGCGCUGUUGCUACCGUGGCUGAGACCUCCAAAGCGGCAGCUGGUAACAAGCCAGCUGCCCCAAGCCCUGCAAACCUCACUAGCCCUCCAGCUCCAUCAGAGCCCAAGCAGGAGGCCUCAAGCAUCAAGAGCACUGAAAAGGAAGCCAUGCAGCCCAGUACAGUGAAGAGCCCAACAGAGACAACCAAGAACCCAAACAAUCUGAAGAGUGAGGCUGCUUCAGGCAGCACUACGAACCCCUCACAGACUGAGGACUUUAAAAUGGACGAAGGGACCUUCAAGACACCAGACAUUGAUCUUGCAAAGGAUGUUUUUGCAGCUCUUGGCACUACUACUCCUGCCAGUGUGACUAGUGGGCAAGCUCGUGAGCUUGCUUCUUCCCCUGCAGACAGCUCUGUACCUGCUGCACCUGCAAAGACCGAGAAAAUCCCAGUAGAGGACAAACCUGAAGUGCAAGCAACGGAAACUAAGACACCUCCGGCAGAAGUCAAGACGGUCCCUAAUGAAGCCACACAAACAAAUGAAAACGAGAGCAAAGCAUGAUCAGCGACAGAUGAAAACAAAUGACAGAACAACUUCACCCAAGCAUUUAAAACACAAAACACAUCUCAUUCCUCUAGUGUCUGUUGCCUUUUUUUAAAAAACAAACAAAACAGAAACUGCAUAAAUGGGGGGAGGGGGGAAUCUCUCUGUUUCUUUUCUUUUUUCUUUUUUUUUAAAGAUUUCUAGAAAGGUUCUAUUUGUUGUGCACUUGCUUUUAAAAAGUAAUACAUUUUAAAAACAGGGUUAAACCCAUAAAGAAAUCAGGGCUUAGCUGACCCUGGGUAUAUUCAAAUAAGCAAAAUUGCAAAUACCAUUUGCAAUGGUUCGGAAGUUCAAAAUCAACUAGUCCUAGCAAAAAAAAAAAAAAAAAAAAAAAAAAAAAAGACAAAAAAAGAAGACCCUGUUCUUUCCUUUGUUAGUAUAGCAGAUAUAACCACUGUACUACUUGGUAUGGCUGGUACUUAAUGAACAAAGUCCACAAUUUAUUUUUAUACUUUUCAGUCAAGUUUGAAAUAUGUAAAGCCUCAUAAAUAAGUUAUAAUUUCUGUUCACCUUGUAUUUGUUCAGUAUGCAAAGUGUCUUGAGCUCUUUGUGACUGAAUUCUGUUCUCCACGUUAAAACAUUUAUUUGGGUUUAAUUAUUAUCUUUUAGGAAGAAUGCCAAAAUUGCAGCUCCGGGGAUAUAUUUCAAUUUGCAGUAUUCAGACUCUACAUUUCUUUAAAUUUUAUGUUAAUUUUUGCCAAUUUUUAUUCUUUCCAGUGUUUACAAUUGACAAAUAUUUUUUUUUUAACUUUUGUUGUGUUUAAAUUUAUGUGUAAAAUAGCUGCCUCUUUUUUUUUUUUUUUAAGUAAAUACAGUCUAUAGAUACUAGGUUAGCAGCAUGCUUGCUUUGCAAAGGGAGACAUUUUAAAACAUGGAUGUUUACAAUAGUUGUUUCCCCUUUAUCUUUUCUUAAUUAUUGUUAUUAUUAUUAUUGUUAUUAUUAUUAUUAUAAUUUCUUACUGGAGUAAGAAGAAAAGUAAUGCUGGGGUUUGGGUUGGGUUGUUUUGGGUGGGUGGGGGGUAUUCACACCACUUGUCACCAAUCAAGGUCUUUAUCCAGCAGUCCACAUAAACACACACUUAAUUUGGACUGAGAGAGUUGCUGGCAAGAGUCCUUCUAUACUUUAAUUUCGUUUAAGUCCCUUGCUGGACCUGGGCCUGACUGCAUAAGAGAAAUAUCAUCUCUGCUUUUUAGGACAUUCUCCCCUUUCCUUCAUGGAACCCUCCCGGAGCUUUGAGAAGCAGAAGGGAGAUUGUACAGUUAGGGCUGGUCUGGUCUCAUCUCAGAUGUUUGACUAUAUCAAUUCCUCCUUAAUAGGUCAGUAACUACCAUUUCCUUUGACCCUAGAAAUCUGAUUUCAAAGCAAAGACUUUUUGCACAAGGGUGCUUGGCAGCGUGCAAGACCCCUCCUGCAAAGCUGGCUCCAUCAGCAGUUGGACUAGAUGAUCGUUGUAGGUCCCUUCCAACCGAACCAUUCUAUUCUGUCACAUCACGUGUGAUGUCAUCUGUGUACGCUCUGCAGAAUCAAAACCAUGAAAGCAAGAGCAAGUGCUUGGAAAUCAAUGCCAGGACUCCCAUUGAUUUCCCUUGUCUUGGCAUUGUGUCUUUAACAGUUGGAAAAGGGGGCUGCUGUAGUAGAUAUAUUAUCAGUAUGGAUAGGGGAGGUUAUGAUUCGGAGUCGUGGAGUAGCACUGAGAUUUUGGGGUGAAAAGAAAGGAGGCUUGAGUGGAAGGAAGGCAGAGGUAUAUAGGGGAAGACCAGCCCAUUGUAUAGAGAUGUUCCUUCUGUUGGGGUUUUGGGGUUUUUUCUCUUUUUUUUUCUUUCAUUUUCUUUUUUAUUCUACUUUAGAUCUGCAAGCUUGUGCACUGUGGGUGCGUGACUAUUUUAGUGUGAAACGUGUUUUUUGUCAUAGUAUUGAAAUAAUAAAAGCUUCAACAUAGUUUGGAUGUGGAAGGUGUAGCGAUAGUUCAGAUUUGAAAAAAAAAUUAUUCAGGAAAAAAAAAAAAGAGAACAACUCUUAAAAGGAACAGAAACCUUUAAAUGAAAAAUCAAACUGAGCUGACUAUGGCAUCCAUUCCGUUGCACUAAGGUGAUGAACAGAAGGAUGAUGGGGGUUGGGUAGACUGCAGAUUGGCUCAGGUAAAUUGAGCCACUUUCAUCGGUGUAUUCUUAUAAGUAUGCAGUCUUUUACAGUGGCAUCACAUAAUUUCAAACUGUGAAGAAUAAUGGUCUUGUCAUUCGCUAAGUGUGGGGGUUAUUGCAUUUUUUCCGUAGCUCCUGGAAUGCAAAUGGAGGAUGACUGGAUUUGUAGGCAUAGACACUCGUGCAAUACCCAUCCUGAUCAGGAUAUCAGGGCAGGAUGUGUCCUCACUUCAAAGCCCUUGGGUCAAAUUCGGCCCUUGCAUGACCCAUCACAGCAGUGUCGGUAUAACUAUGGGGAAGUUGGGCGCACAGUCCUUAG